AUGGUGGACGUGCUGGGCGGCCGGCGCCUGCUGACCCGCGAGGGCGCGGUGGUGGAGGCCGAGGCGGCCCUCCAGAACAAGGUGGUAGCUCUGUACUUUGCGGCGGGCCGGUGCUCGCCCAGCCGCGACUUCACGCCGCUGCUCUGCGACUUCUACGCGGCGCUGGUGAGCGAGGCGCGGCAGCCCGCGCCCUUUGAGGUGGUGUUCGUGUCAGCGGACCGCAGCGCGGAGGAGAUGCUGGACUUCAUGCGCGAGCUGCACGGAGCCUGGCUGGCACUGCCCUUCCACGACCCCUACCGGCAUGAGCUGAAGAAGAGGUAUGACGUCACAGUCAUCCCCAAGCUCGUGGUCAUCAAGCCGAAUGGAGCGGUCAUCACCAACAAGGGGCGGAAGCAGAUCCGGGAGCGCGGGCUGGCUUGCUUUCAGAACUGGGUGGAGGCAGCUGAUGUUUUCCAGAACUUCUUGGGGUGAACCUGGAGGAAGCACGCAGGGCAAAUGCCUUCGAAGACGGUGUUACUGGUUCUCCUCUGUUGGAAGAUUUCCUAGCGGAGGCACCAGUUUAUAGCAAACAGCAGAACAUGUUCAGGAAAGAAGUGCGCCCUGCCUCUGUGGUUCC